CGCGGCCACAAGCCCAUUCAACCACCGCUAUUUAUUCCUUACCAGUGGCUUUUCCGUCUUCGCUUCCCCUCUCUUUCUUUGCAAGCUCUCCUACCUCCCCUUACCCCUUCAACCCCUUCGUGUGAGAGGCCCUUAAUUCCAUCAUGAAAUCCCUCACCUGGGCUGCUUGUCUGGCACUAGCUGGCACGGCCAUUGCCCACGCUCACCAUGACCACGAAGAAGUCCCGGAAAAUGUGCGCGAGGAGCUGCUGAAGAAAUGGGACCAGGAGUUCACUUUCUCCGGCAUUGCUAGCUUCGCCCACCUGAAGCCGGUCAGGUGUCUGAUCGAACCCGACGAACGGUACGAUAUCGCCGUCAUCGGCGCCCCAUUCGAUACGGCCGUUAGCUACAGACCAGGCGCUCGUUUUGGUCCCCGGUCUAUUCGCGCGGCCAGCGCCCGCCAGAUGGCCGGCACCAGCUACAACACUCGUGCCGGAAUCAACCCAUAUGCAUCCUGGGCCACAGUCAAGGACUGCGGAGACAUCCCCAUUACACCAUUCGACAAUGGCGUCGCCGAGCGCCAGAUGUACGAGGCUUUCCUGGAGUUGGGCUCCCGCCCCGCCCUGACCGCCGCCGACUCCACGUACGGUACCAAGGGUAUCUCCGCCGGCAAGUCGAAGCUGGUCACCCUGGGUGGCGACCACAGCGUUGCGCUCCCCGCUCUCCGUGCGCUUCACCAAAUCUACCAGAAGCCCAUCACCGUGCUGCACUUCGACGCCCACCUGGACACCUGGAACCCGGUGCGCUACUCGGCGUACUGGACGUCGGAGCAGUCUCACUUCAACCAUGGUAGUUUCUUCCACAAGGCUAGCCGGGAGGGACUCAUCUGCAACUCGACCUCCGCUCAUGCUGGUCUUCGGACGCGUCUGACUGGUGUGGACGACAGCGAUUACACCAAUCCCGGCCCGGAGCAGGGCUUCAUGCGUAUCCAUGCGGAUGACAUCGAUGACUUGGGCCCCAUGGGCAUCGUGGACCGCAUCAUUGAGCGCAUUGGCCUGGACUCCGAGCAGCCCGUGUACCUGUCCGUGGACAUUGACGUUUUGGACCCAGCCACUGCCCCCGGCACUGGUACCCCCGAACCCGGUGGCUGGACGACCCGGGAGUUUAUCCGGAUCCUGCGCGGUAUUGAGAAGCUGAACAUCGUUGGCGCCGACAUCGUCGAGGUGUCUCCCAGCUACGACAACAAGGGCGAGACCACCGCUUUGGCAGCCGCUCAGGUGGCUUUUGAAAUCAUCACAAGCAUGGUCAAGGCCGGAGCAGGUGAAGACCUGGGAGGAUGGUAUGGACGCAGGGCGACAGUUGAGGAGCCUGUGGAGAAAGAGGUCAAGGAUGAAUUGUAAAUGCGAUACGAAGCGAUAUGUAUAAUGAGUUAGUGAGAUGUCUAGCACUCGAUGCAGGUACAUCAACGAAG